GCACCUGCACGCGAAGGAAUGAGGAGUGGAGGAGCCGCGAAGCCGAGGAGGGAGCACCGCGGCUGCACCUGCAAGCCGACGUCGAGACGUCGACCAUCGUCGACCACCUCCUCCCGUUGGCUGUCCGCCGUUGACCACAAAGCUGGAGGACACGGGGGAGUAGCACCUGCACCUCACGUCGACGCCGUCAGUUGUUCAUUCUGCAUUUCCUAUGAUCUUUCUUCAGUUGGCAUCUUUCUUCAGUUGGAACGAACUGCAGCCGGUCCAUUCGGUCCCGUCGGUCCUCACCGAGCUAAGCUGCAGCCGGUCCGGUUCAGAGAAACAGGACCGCAAGUAACAUCGGUCCGGUCCGGUCCGGGCCAGCUGCGGCCGGUCCAAAGCGAGGCUCGGUCAGGGACCGGACCGGCCCGGACCGUGUCCACCCUGACUGGCUUCCCAAGUCUCGAUUCGACACGAGGAAGUAGACUCGGUUGGCCACCACCCCGCAUCGUGCCGCAUCGGCGCACGCCAUUGCGCUUCUCCCCGCGCAGUCCACGAACAAGCUGUACUCCCCGAUGUCGUCCAGCUCCCCCCACCUCAUCGCCGCCAUGUCGAGGGCGUGCACGCUCACCUUCCGCACUCUCGGCCGCCAGCUCAAGCAGUCCUUCGCCGGGGGAUCCGUCAUGA